AUGAACAACAUUAGAAACACCCCUACUGAUAUCACAAAUCAAAUUACACCACCAAGUGCAUUCGCAACUCUCUUGACAGAAGAAGAGACUGGUUUCCUUGCAAGUGAAUAUUUCAAUGCUGUGGAAUUUGGAACCGAGGAUCUUGAUAUUGGUGAUAGACCUCCUUUUGAACUUAAUAGCUCUGAUGCUAGUUUUAAUAAUAGAUUGUUGAAUGGUGCGUUUGGUCCAAUUCCAGAAAUUGAUGAAGAAAUGUAUAUAAGAUAUGAUCCAAGAGCAGUUGAAAACCCCGAUGAAAAUGAUGUGGCUUAUUGGAUAACUGAAAAUAAUCAAGAAAAUGAUCCAGGUUUACUUGCCAAUUCUUUAGCCUUAGCUAGAGAACGUGAAUUACAACGUGCUAGACACAACCAUACAACGAGAACAACCAGAGCUCCAAAUUGGCAUAUUUCUGUGUAUGGUCAUCCUUCGUUUAUUAAUGAUGUUGAAAGAAGAACUGUGCGUCCUCCUCCGGCUCCAGCACCUGUUUAUGUUCAUGGAAGAAAUACAACACCAAGAACUUCAACUUUAGAUGGUUUUGAUAAUUAUGCACAUCUUGGAUACCUUGAACCUGGGCUUGAGGAAAGAAGAAGAUCAUGGAAGGGAAUCCGUGAGAUGUUUGGAGUAUAUGAUGACUCAAAUGAUGAGAAUACAACACCUGAAUAG